CGGAAAAGUACAUAGUAAGUGAUGUGUCGCACCUAGCUCCGAAUAUAAUGUAAUUUAGCAGAGUAUUUAAGUUGCUAAUUCCCAAUCCUUAGAGUUUUCUAUAUUUAUAAUGAUAUUAGGGUGAAGAUAUGGUUUACACAUAUGGAAUACACAAAUGAUAGAGUUACAUAUAUGAAGGACACAUGAGAAAUAUGCUGUUUUUCUCUGGAAUCUGUGCUGUUGGAGUCACAAUAGGAGCCGUAUUAUUUAUGUAUAACCGAAAAAUGGCUCGUCAACAGAACGUUGCCCUAGCAACUGUUGUUCUCGCUGUUGGAUGUGUAGUCAUAGUAACUGGCUACUAUAGCAUGGCAUCCUAUAACAGAUCAAAACAAUAUGGCUUUCAAGGUUUAGAUAAUACUCAAUUAUCAACUGAUUAUUCAAGGAAAUUUGUAGAUAGUUCAAUAUCAGAGUCAAUUAAUGUAAAGAUCAUGAGAAAUCGGACUAAAGCUGAUCAGUUCUAUGGAAUAAUGUUUGAUGCUGGGAGUACUGGUUCCAGGAUACACGUGUAUAAGUUUGUCAAGUUAACAGCAAACAGUACCCCUGAGCUGGUGGAUGAACUGUUUGAACAGGUGAAACCUGGACUGUCUUCAUAUGCACAUGAGCCCACAAAGGGUGCUGAAUCUUUUAUUCCCAUGCUAGAGAAUGCCAAGAAGUGGAUCCCUAAAGACAAGUGGCCCACUACCCCCCUAGACCUGAAGGCAACUGCUGGCCUGAGACUGUUACCUGGGACAGCUGCAGACUCCUUGUUACGAGAGACUCGUAAUGUUCUAGCCAGCUAUCCUUUCCAACUAGUUGAAGAUGUCGCUGCUAUAAUGGGAGGGAAUGACGAGGGCAUCUUUAGCUGGUACACUGUCAACUUUCUCUUAGGUAAGGUGGCAGACAUAGGUAAAUCUGUUGGUGUAAUGGACCUAGGAGGAGGUUCCACACAAAUCACAUUCCUUCCACUAGCUCAGAGUACUCUAGACAAAGCUCCGAAGGAUUACUUUGGCAGCGUAAAUGUGUUCGGAAAGAAACACAAUUUGUAUACACAUAGUUACCUGGGACUUGGCUUGAUGUCUGCCAGGCUUGAGGUGAUGGGAGGUCUCCCAGACAGUCCUAAAAAUGAACAGAAUAAGGUUGAAAAUACUCUGAGUAGCAGCUGCCUUCCUCCCAACUUCACUGGGCCUUAUACACAUGGGAACACUGAUUAUAUCAUCAAAGGUCAAGGACAUACACAUGGCUUUGAUGCCUGUUCCUUUGCCACCAAGAACGUGGUGAAGAAAUACAAACUUCAUGUUCCAGAGGAGGUGAAAUCUAUGCCUUUCUUUGCAAUCUCAUACUAUAGAGAUAGAGCUGUAGAUGCCCAGCUUGUAGAUGAAGAAGAUGGAGGUGAUGUGAAAGUGGGAGAUUUCUUUAAUGCUGCUCAAAAAAUAUGUUCAGAUCCACAUCCCAAAGAGCCUUUGCUGUGUCUGGAUCUAUGUUACAUCACAUCCUUGCUUGAGGGAAUAGGCUUCCAACCAAGUGCUAAAAUAACUAUACAAAAGAAAAUUAAUAGGAAAGAAAUCAGCUGGUCACUUGGUGCCACAUUUGAUAUGCUGGGCAAGUCAAGUUAAUGGACACUAAAACUAAUGGGCUAAUGCUUUAAUAGAUGGCGUGAUAAACACCUUAUAUGGUGAUAUUUUAGUCAAAAUUGACCCAGUGAAAGGAGUAUUUUUUUAAACAAUAGGUUAGUUUUAUUGCAAGAUAACCUAUUGCACAGUAAUCAUGCAGCAAACAGGCUGUUUUGGCAUUUUUUGUCCAAUUUGCUGUUUUGGGGGAUAUUUUAGUGAUAUUAUAGUGAAACGGUGGCAGUAUACGCACAAAAUGGUUGGUUCAUUUCUUAUGAUAGGACACUUUACGAUGGGUUUAUAUAGAAAGGGGUUUUAUAGUAUUUAUUACAUUGAUGUCAUACAACUUGUUACAUUCCUUUUUUAAAACUACCAAGCCUAGUUUACUUUGUAAAUUAUUAACUAUGGUAGCCUGUUCAAGUGUUAAGCCCUCCACAAUUACUGUAGGGUGGGUGAUAUAACGUUAGUACCACUAUUGUUAAACUCCAUUCUGAAGAAUUAUCUCUGAAAUUAGCCUUGAAAUUCUCUUGAAAUGAAGAUUGAUGCUGGGAGUAUUUUGGUUUAGAAAAAGUGUUCACAUCGAGAGAUGUUCAGAUAUACAGGUUUACUGUAUUUGAAUUAAUGGAAAUGAAAGUACAGUGAAGUCAAGUAGAACACCUCUGUUAGUGGAACACU